AUGAACAUGAGGAAGCUAUUGAAGCAUCGAAGAAAACUCUUAUGGAGGCACCUGUCUAUGGUGCAACCCAAAACCGAGAAAGCGAGGGAUGGAUCGCGGCCUCUAAUUAUUUGUACUGAUGCCAGCAGUGUAGGGAUUGGGGCACAGCACAAGAGGGGGAUGACUCGCUGCUACAUCCCGUAUUCUUUGCUUCCAAGCAUAUAUCGGCCGCAGAAAGGAAUUAUCACAUCACGGAUCAGGAAGCGCUCGCGCUCAUUUUCAGCCAGAAGAAGUUUCACUACUUCAUAUAUGGCGUCCCGAGUAUUAUCAGAACUGACUACUCAGCACUCACCACACUCACUGUUUAAACGCACUGAUGUUUCUCCAGAGUUUUACUGUUACGAUCUAACUAUUGACUAUAUAAAAGGAACAGCUAACGCGGUAGCGGAUGCACUAUCUCGUGGUCCAACCCACUCUUCAAUUUUGAUUCCCGGCUUAUGA